GCGCGCCCCUCGGCCGCGCAGCCGAGUUCAGCCCCGGCGGCCGCAGCAUGGCUGAGGCACCGGCAACAGAUGCCGGGCUUUCAGGUUCGCAUCCUUAGGCCCCGCUGAGCGCCCCAAGGAGAGAGAGAAGGACCCGGAGAAGGACCGUCCGGGAAGGCGGGGACGGAGGUGUGGAGAUCCCCCCCCCAAUAAGGCAGGAGCCCCCGCCCCCCACCGGAGCGAUCCCCGCCCUCAGAGCUCCGCCGCCUGCAGCCCCGUCGCCGGCGCCCACCUCUCUCCAGCCAUGCCGGGCCGGGCCGCCGAUCGGGGCCAGGUCCCCUUGUGCAGCGCCGCCGCCGCGGAGGAGGAGAGCCGCGCGGGGGCCGAGGGCUCGGCGGGCGGCGGCGGCGGCGGCGCUCCGGAGCGGCAGACCAUCGUGUGGCGGAACGUCGUCCUGAUGAGCCUGCUCCACCUGGCCGCCGCGUACUCCCUGGUGCUGAUCCCCAAAGCCCAGCCGCUCACCCUGCUCUGGGCCUACUUCUGCUUCCUCCUGACGGCUCUGGGUGUGACCGCUGGUGCCCAUCGCUUGUGGAGCCACAGGUCCUACAAGGCCAAGCUGCCUCUGAGAAUAUUCCUGGCUGCCGCCAACUCCAUGGCUUUCCAGAACGACAUCUUCGAGUGGUCCAGGGACCACCGCGUCCACCACAAGUACUCGGAGACGGACGCCGACCCGCACAACGCCCGCCGGGGCUUCUUCUUUUCCCACAUUGGGUGGCUGUUCGUCCGGAAGCACCGCGACGUCAUCGAGAAGGGGAGGACCCUGGAUGUCACCGACCUGCUGGCGGAUCCCGUGGUCCGGUUCCAGAGAAAGUACUACAAGAUCUCCGUGGUGCUCAUGUGCUUCGUGGUCCCCACCCUGGUGCCCUGGUACCUCUGGGGAGAGAGCCUGUGGAACUCCUACUUCCUGGCCUCCAUCCUCCGCUAUGCCAUCUCACUCAACGUCACCUGGCUGGUCAACAGCGCGGCCCACAUGUACGGGACCCGGCCCUACGACAAGCACAUCAGCCCGCGGCAGAACCCGCUGGUCACCCUGGGCGCCAUUGGUGAAGGCUUCCACAACUACCAUCACACCUUUCCCUUUGACUACUCUACGAGUGAAUUCGGCUUAAACUUCAACCCCACCACCUGGUUCAUCGACACCAUGUGCUGGCUGGGGCUGGCCACCGACCGCAAACGGGCGACCAAGCCCAUGAUCGAGGCCCGGAAAGCCAGGACUGGCGAUGGCAGCGCUUGAACCCGGAGCUGCCGUCCACCCCGCCCGCCGCUGACGCCCUCGGCUCAUGCCUUCUGUUUCUGUAGUUCUCUUGCUCAUUGAUUCAUGGGAGGGGGCGGGGAGUAGAAUCCAUGUGGCUGGGAGAUGUUUCAUUUGUCUCAAAGUCAGGAUACAACUUUCCAUGAAAAAAAAAAAAAUGUGUAAGUCAGUGUCACGAUGAUUUAAUCUUAGAUCUUGGACCUGUGCUUUAAUCGCUGUAGCUCCAUGUCAAGCAUACAUGGUCCUGUGCUAGCGCCUGAUGUUAACCCUGACAGGAUGAAGGAAUUGAAUAUUCUGCCUGCGUGAUUCAGGAGAGCGUUUUCUUUUCUGCCAACGACCCCAGCCUUUAUUAUUUUUACACACACUAUCGGAAGGAACAGAGAAGCAAGGUGGCAGACAAAGCAGGGGGUCUAAGUAGUGACUAAAGAACGUUUCUGUUCUGUAGUUAUUGUGUGUUUUUGUUGUUUAACUUCGGGAAUUGAACACUUGGCCACACGAAGUGGCUCUCUCAUUACGUUUGCCCUCUUGACGGCUUGUUCACGCCCCACUGUCCCUGCUCUCCGAGGUCUGCUCGUGGCCCAGCUAACUGCGUCCCUAGCUGUAGGCCCAGCCUGUCCCAUAAAUCAGUGGCUGGUGGGACGUUUGAUUUUGCUGUCUUUGCUAUCGUCAUCUUAAAAGUAUAUAACUCAGAUGUGCCAGACCCCAAACGAAGCUCAAAUGAGGCUCUCAUUUCAAUGUUUAGACACCUAAUUUAUAUUCCAGUUUAUCCAAGCCACUGAUGCAUGUACUUUGGCUGCUUCUGCGAAAGAAGCGUAUUAAUUUUCCACCCCAGGCCACCGGAUAUUACCAACGGACCGUUAUGUAGAACUCGGUGUCUACCCACGUCCCACCUGCAUGCGGCCUUCGUUGGUUUUGCAGCAAAAUAUAAAGUGAUCGUUAUGUAUCUUCUGGAUUUAAAAUUUCUCUGUGCGUGUUGAGCUGCCUUGUAAAGAGCAUGCUGAAUUAAUGGGACAGUGUGCCCUUUGUGUUAGAUGUUAGAGCAAAAGAGAGGCUUGUAGUGCUGGCCCUUCGAUUCAGAGCCCUUCAAAGACAGAUCACUUUUAGGGAUGAUGUAGGAUUUAAAAUUAAAAUUUCAAAGUUUUGGAAAAGAAGCGAUGCCACAACGAAGUUCUCCAUCCGGCAGGUGUUUCACAGUGUUAUUUUGCCAUUAAAAAAAUGUACGAACUAUGAGUGAUUUACAAUAAACGACUGUGGACUUG